AUGAUAAAAGUUGAAGAUGGAGCUUUCAUGCUGUUGGGUCCCACCAUGAACCCGAAGGUAGCCUUCGAACUCUGGGAGAGGCUCCCUCAUCUGGGCCUCCGGAUGAAGGAGCACUCCCGACGGGCCUUGGAGUACGCCACCAGGAUGAAGAAACUCGGCCUCAAAGUCAUCUGUCCGGGCCUUGAAGAUCAUCCCGACCACGCCCUUUUCAACUCCAUCUCGAAUAAAGAGUACGGUUAUGGAGGGAUUUUGUGUGUGGACAUGGAAACCCAGGACAAGGCAUAUCGUCUCAUGGACCUUCUGCAGAAUGACGCCCAAUUCGGGUUCAUAGCCGUUAGCUUGGGCUACCAUGACACUCUCGUGUCGUGCUCGGCAAGUAGCACCAGUAGUGAGUUGAGUGACGAGGAGAAGGCUUUGGCUGGAAUUUCACCUGGUCUUGUUAGAAUGUCGGUCGGGUUUACCGGGACGCUGGACCAUAAAUGGGCCCACUUCGAGAAAGCUUUGUCCAAGAUGAACAAUUAA